AUUGGACACUAAUCUCUCCCAAGCAGCAACCCCGUGCCUUGUCUUCCUUAAAAACUUUCUAGAUACUAAAAAAUCGAAACAUACUCUCUCACCUCACACACGCUUUACUUCCUCCACAUGUCCACAACCAUGUUUCCUCUUCCUCCUCCAUCUCCACUUCUUACAACCACCACCAACAUUUCUUCCAUCUCUCCCACUUCUCUAUCCUUCUUCUACACCAACAAUUUCAGAAGAAUCCUCAACAACCAUAGGGUUUUCGCAAUGUCUAGUAGUAGUAACAACUCUUCUUCAUUCAAGAUGAAUCUCAACGAGUACCUUGUUACUCUCGAAAAGCCCCUCGGUAUCCGAUUCGCUCUUACUUCCGAUGGAAGAAUCAUCGUUCACUCUCUCACCAAAGGGGGUAAUGCGGACAAGUCCAGGAUAAUUAUGGUGGGUGACACUUUGAAGAAAGCUGGUGAUUCCUCUCACAAUACUCUCCUCCAGAUUCAUGACGUUGGUGAUACACAGAAGGUGCUAAAGGAGCAAACAAAUUCUUUUAGCUUGGUUCUUGAGAGGCCCACAUCUACAUUUCCCAUUCAACUACUGCAUAAGAUGAAUGAUCUUGAAAUAUUGUAUAAUAGGGGUCGAGUUCCUAUUGUCACUUGGAACAAGACUCUUUUGGCAUCAAAUUUACAACCAUCUAGCGAGAGCUGUGGGAAUUCUGGAUUUUUGAUGUUUAACUCAAAGUUUCUUAAAUCAAAUGGAAGCAAGUUAUUGGGAAUUCAAAAUCAACAUGCCAUCACUCACGGUGAAAAAAAUUUCGUUAGUGAACACACAACACAACUUGCUUGUGUUUUUACUGAAGAAGCGUGUGGAGAUGGAGAUUGGGCUCACGGAAGUUUUCCACUUGAGGAAUAUAUUCAGGCUCUAGAUCGUUCCAAGGAUGAGAUGUACUAUAAUCACUCUCUUGGUAUGCGUUAUAGUAAGAUUACAGAGCAAAUAUAUGUGGGGUCCUGUAUACAAACAGUAGAUGACGUGGAAACCUUGUCAAAAGUUGAGGGAGUUACUGCUGUGCUGAACUUCCAAAGUGGAACUGAAGCUGAAAAUUGGGGAGUCAAUGUAAAAUCAAUCAAUGAAUCUUGUCAAAGGAAUAAUAUUCUCAUGAUCAACUAUCCUAUACGGGAAGGGGAUUCUUAUGACAUGAGAAAAAAACUCCCAUUUUGUGUUGGGCUUUUAUUACGGUUGCUAAGAAAGAAUCUUCGUGUUUUUGUUACUUGCACUUCUGGAUUUGAUCGGUCUCCUGCUUGUGUGAUUGCAUACCUACAUUGGAUGACAGAUAUUUCCCUUCAUGCAGCCUAUACUUGGGUCACUGGGAUGCACACGUGCAGGCCUGACAGGCCGGCAAUUGCAUGGGCAACAUGGGAUCUUAUAGCUAUGAUUGAAAAGGGCAAACAUGAUGGUCCUCCCACUCAUGCUGUCACAUUUGUGUGGAAUGGUCAUGAGGGAGAGGAUGUAAAUUUGGUUGGAGACUUUACUGGAAAUUGGAAAGAACCGCUUAAGGCAAAGCAUCAGGGUGGAUCAAGACAUGAAGUAGAAGUUAAACUUCCACAAGCAAAGUAUUACUACAAAUUCAUUGUUAAUGGACAAUGGAAGCAUUCAACUGCUUCACCGGCUGAAAGGGAUGAUAGUGGAAAUGUUAACAAUAUUAUUGUGAUUGGUGAAACUGCCAGCGUUCGGCCUUCUGUUCAGCAACAGCAAAAAGAUGCCAACGUUGUAAAGGUGAUUGAAAGGCCUUUGAAUGAAAAAGANCGGUUUAUGUUGGCAAAAGCUGCUCGUUGCAUUGCUUUCUCUAUCUGCCCUGUCAGAUUAGCUCCCAAAUAGUUUGCACAAAUGUAUAGUAUUGUACAGUGUUGGAGUUAUCAUACAUAUAUGGUUGAGGCUACACAAUUUGGUCAGUUAUGAAGAGAAGCCUGGCAAAGAGUAAUUAUGGUAUAUAUGUAUCAACAUUCAACUCUUGGAAUAAAUGAGAUUAAUUAGUCUUGUAUAUUGUCCCGAUAAACUUGCCUCUUUCAGCUGUGCACAUUUUUUUUGUCUAAACGUUAUUCAUAGCAUGAAAUAUUGUUAGUAACUAGUCUAGUGAACUUGCUCUAAAAAUUGAUAUUAGAAAAGCAUUUGACACCA